GUCUAUAUCAAAUUGCUAAUAAAAGCCAGUGGAGCAUCCCUCUAUUGCCUUUAGUUCUAUCGAAGAAGGUUUUUCUGUAUGAAUCAUGGCAAGAGGAGAGAUGAUGAGAGUCGGUUUGGUGCAAGAAUUGGUUAAGGGGGGUCAAGAGAUCCCCCAUAAUUAUCUUUGCAAGGAAGAUGGACCAUCUGCCUUCGCUAUUGAUUCCAACAUGCCUGUGAUAGACAUGAAUAUUCUCUUUUCAUCAUCAUCAUCUUCUUCUUCUUCUUCUUCUUCAUCAUGGGAAGAAGCAAGGAAUCAAGAGAAACAAAAGCUCAAAGCUGCCUUACAAAGUUGGGGCUUCUUUCAGGCUGUGGGGCAUGGAAUUUCGGAGGAUUUGAUGGAUAUGAUGAGAAGAUUAGCAAACAAAUUCUUUGAGCAACCAAUGCAAGAGAGAAUGAAGGUGGGCCAAAGCCUUGAGGGUGAGCAAAAGGACUGGGUACAAGGCUAUGGACAUGAUCCUGUAGAAUUCCAUGACCAAAUAAUAGACUGGGUUGAUCGCCUAUACCUCCAAAUCUUCCCGGAAAAUCAGAUAAAACUUCAGUUUUGGCCAGAAAAUCCAGCUGGUUUUCGUUGUUGCAGGGAAUGCUUGGAUGAAUUGAGGUUGAAACUGAAAGCGUUUGCAGAUAGGACCCUAAGCAUCCUCGCAGAGUUAGUUGGUUUGAGAGAUGAUUAUUUCACUGGCCGUUUUAAUGAUGAAGCCACCAUGUUUUCGCGUUUCAAUUUCUUCCCUCCAUGCCCAAGAUCUGACCAGGUCCUCGGCCUUAGGCCCCACUCAGAUGGCAGUGGAAUCACUAUUGUCUUAUCAGAUACACCAGGCCUACAUUUCCUCAAGGAUGAGACAUGGCACCAAGUAUCUUUCCUUCCUCAUGCUCUACUUGUCAACAUUGGUGAUCAAAUGCAGAUCAUGACCAAUGGGAUAUUCAAGAGCGCGCUGCAUAGAGUUGUGACGAAUAAGGAGAAGCCAAGGAUUUCAAUGGCAAACUUCUAUUUGAUGGCACCCAACCAAGAAUUGGGUCCCAUAGAGAGAUUGGAAGGUGAAGUUACAGUACCUAUUUAUCAGAAGAUGAAGGUUCAAGAUUAUUCCAAAUUAUAUGUAGAUUGCCACAUUAAAAGGAAGAGGGCAAUAAAUACCAUCAAGAUCUCUCAUUGAGGCUUCAAUCCAAAUUUAACAUUCACUUUGAAUGUUGGACAUCUAGGUAUUACUAGUUGAAUAGUUUUUAUGAGUACUUGUAUUCCAUUAAACUUAAUAGCAGUCUGCAAAAAAGAUAGUUUGUGUUUGAUUUGUGAUAGGGAACUUGGAUACAUGCACAGACAUUCUGCUGGUGCUUAUAGCCAAAGCUUUGCAAAAUGCUCAUAUGAUCUUUGAUAUUCAUAUUGAAUGCAUCCUUGUGCCUUUCCUU